CAGACUUGAUUCCCCGAAGCUCUUCAAUUUGUUUUUCUUCGCUUCGUUAAGCAUGGGCGUCUCUGUUAUGGCUUCUUCCUUUUGCAAGCUAGUUAUUUACGAUAAAAUGCAUAGAGAUGCGUCAGAGUCCCUCCAACCGGUUGACUGGAUUGGAAAACUGUUAUCUUUGGCCUGUUUUGCCUUCGGAUUGGUAACCUUUGGACGGGGUUUCCUUCUGACUCGCUCUGAGCUACCGUAUAUCGCAUCCGCGCGAAACGGAAUAUCACACGAAGCUGUGUAUCGACGAGUGCUUUUCAUACUGGUCGACGGAUUGGCUUUCGAAUUCAUCCAGCCAAUAUCGAACAGAUAUUCCUCUUCCAUUAGAGGUAGUUUACCAUUCACAUCCGGGCUGAUAAGAUCUUCCAAGGCUCAGCUGGUUCAUUUCAUUGCUGACCCUCCGACCACCACAUUGCAACGCUUGAAAGGGCUCAUGACCGGGAGUAUGCCAACUUUUGUAGAUGCUGGAUCCAAUUUUGGUAGCCCCGAACUCAGAGAAGACAACUUGAUCCUGCAAUGGCGUCUAGCCCAUAAGCGAAUAUUGUUUGUCGGUGAUGACACAUGGCUGCAGCUAUUCCCACACAGUUUCCACGACGCUCGCCCCUAUCCUUCUUUCGACGUAAAAGACCUUGACACGGUCGAUAGUGCGGUGGAAAAUUUCGUAAACUCCGUGCUGACCAAUCACUCGAUCGACUCCGACUGGGAUGUCAUGAUUGGCCAUCGCUUGGGGAUUGAUCACUGUGGGCACACCUAUGGAACUGCGCAUCCGGAAAUGCAGCGCAAGUUGCAGGAAUUGGAUCUGUUUAUAAGGACACUUGUUGACAAUUUGCACGAUGACGAUUUGUUGUUGAUCCUUGGUGACCACGGUAUGACCGUUUCUGGUGACCACGGCGGAGAUAGCGUCGCUGAAUUAGAUGCAGCCCUUGUGUUAUACAGUCGCAGGGGACUACCAGACCGCAUAUAUUACAUGGAUCAAAUUUCUCAAAUCGAUCUGGUUCCAACUUUGGCCACCUUAUCCGAAGUCUCUAUUCCAUUCUCCAAUUUGGGUGUCUGUGUAGAAUCCUUUUUCCCCACGCCCGAUCACUUCCGUGAUUGUUUAACGAGGAAUUUUGUUCAGAUGAUGAAUUACACGCUUACUUAUCAUCACGAAAUCGGAUUUUCAUCCAUAGAACCGAGCAAACUGGCGGUCGUGGAAUCGCUGGCAAAUUCGCACGAUUUGCUUACUAUCGCCAACACCUUGAACAACACAGAGAUUCUUUCUCAUCUGCUCUGGUUACAAAACCUAUUUCGUCGGCAUUGGACACGGUUCGACAUGGAACUAAUGUUCUUGGGCGCUUUACUACUACUUUCGGCAACCACGUGUCUUGUAAACCACCACCGGUCGUCAAUCAACAUGGGCUUCCUGGUCGCACAAGUUAUUUUGACUAUCUCCGCAUCUUUCACCUUACCAUGGACUGUCAGAUUCCUUCUGUUGCCCUCGGUCUCCACGCUUAUCACUACCGUGCUCCUUUUUCGUUCUGUUCUCGUUUUGGUUUACGUAGAUGGCCGUGCAGCUUCCUCUUUAUCGCUGCUUGGAUUUUUGGCUCUGGCAUACACCUCCAACAGCUUUGUUGUUCAUGAAAUUUAUGUCAUUGCCUUCCUCAUACAAACUUUACUACUGUUCGACAUCAUCCGUGCACGCUUUCUACAUUCUACUUCCUACAUUCCUUCCGCUUUAUUUCCCCUCGGUUUGGCCUCUGUUGUCAUCCGGCUCUGUCUACACACAGAAGUGUGUCGUGAAGAAUCUUUCAAGACGUCUUAUUGUCAACCGAUCACAGACAUUUGGAUGGCCAAACCUGUUAGUAAGCUGACUCCCGCGGAGGCUCGCCAAGUCGCUCCAUGGCGCCUGUUAGUUGCUUUCACCGCACUGUGGGCAGCGAUUUACACGCGCAAAAGACGUCUGCGCAAACUGAUCGAUUUCACCUCUUGGACCACUGCCGCCCGUCUAAUUGAGGCGCUGCUUUCUGUUUGUGCCGUGUGUCUAUGCUCGUGUUGGAUCUUGGAUGUGAUGGUAACCGUUUGGUCGUCCAAUGCCAGACCGGGGCAUGCUUCAGGGAUGUUGUUGUACGUCGCCACUUUCGUUUUUCCAGUCAAUCGUUUCGAGUGAAUCUGUCUCGCCUUCUUCUCCUCUCCAUCUCACUUUCAAUGGCACUUCUACUCAAGUCGCCCAUCCACAUUUCCUCCUCGGCGAAUGCCGAAUCGUUGUGCCCACGCGUGGAGCAUCAUGCACCGAUCAGCCAUACGAAGGCUGGGAACGACGGUACUGGGUCAAGUUGGACUGUUACAUCUUUGAUAUCAACCCCUGUUGUUCUGGAUUUUAACCAGAGGGAUCCGCUAUACUCUGUCUAUUGCCCGUGGCUUGGAACAACGCUCGUAGCUCUGCCUGUUCUCGCUCUUAUGGUAUUUCUAAACGAAAUUCAUUUGCUGAGCCUACUGGGAGUUUUACUGCUAAUUCUGGCCCGUUCCAAAACCAUCACAAUGUCCGCUUCGUCAGACCUAGACACCAGCAUACGUCAUCGCCUACGAUUAGCGUCUUCAUGGACAACGGCGGUGUACUGUUGUCUCAUCGAUAGCCUAUCGUUUUAUGCCACUGGUCACCAACCGACUGUCGCAUCAAUUCCAUGGACGGCAGCAUUUGCAGCCCAUUCGGGUGCCCACUCGACCAACUGGGUACCGGCCAUCAUGGUACUUGCUCAUGUGUACGCGGGACCAAUUUUGACAGCUACAGCUCUACCGUUUCUUAUUGUUUCCGUUCUACCUGAUGCUGCUCUUCACGCGCGAACAUUUGAUACGAAGAGAGAUUCGGGAUCUGACUUCAUUGCCUCCGAUUCUAUCCAGCAUGGGCUCACAUCCACUUUGGAUCUUCUCUCGUGGCGCCUCGUUACCUGCAAAGCUAUCCUGACGCUGGGAUCCGUGUCGAGCACAGCUAUACUUCGUCGUCAUCUGAUGGUAUGGAAAAUCUUUUUCCCUCGUCUCAUGUUCUCCAGCUUCAGCCUAUUGGUUUCUGUCUGCGUUCUACUGGUUGUUCGCCUCGUAGUUAUCAACAGUCUCCGCUCUGUGGAACACAGACAUCGUCGAACUGUUCUUCCAUCGUUCCCGAACUGACAUCAGUGGAUUUUCCACUCUGUGAUAACCUUUGUAGACUUGCAUCACGUAGGAUUUUCACAUUGUCAAAUAUUGCCUUUUCCAUCAAUGGAAUCUUAACACUGCUGCCUUUCAUAAACCAUCAUUCGUUUCAUGUGUACUUUGGGUGCUGUAUGGAGCGCUUUCAUGUGGAAUUUGAUGCAUUUUUCGAAUGCCCGACAUAUCAUUUUCGAUCUUUGGAUGCAUUUUCCAACCCACUCCCUGAGCACGCGGACGGUUCUCGACAUUUUCUUUUUUACUUUUAGAAAGCACCUUUUUCUCUUUUAUCUCACGGUUGAACUGUGUGCGAAUGUAAAGAGCAUAACCGGAGUUCGAUACAAGCUUUGUUGUGUA